GCCGCGCAUCGUCGGAGGUGCGCUGGUACUGUUGAGUCGCGUUCUUGCAUGCGCACAAUCGAGACAUGUGAUUCGGAUUCGUCGAUCGCCGAGAGAUAGACGGAGCAGAAAAUGACGAGGGGAAAUCCUGCGGUCGUUGACGGCCUAAAGUGAAUUAAGAAGAUUUUCCUCGGUAAUGGUGGAUCCAUCUUCACGUGUCCGAGAAUACUUUGUAGAAUUUUUCCCGGAUUAACGGAUUAAACGGCUUUGCCAGUAAUCGCGUCCUACGAAGGAAAAAUUCGGAACACUGGGUGAAACAUUCCGGAAAUUACGCGCAACGUGACGUUUCUCGUGACGUUUUUUUGUGAAAGAGACGAGAGAGAAGCCUGCGAGUGUGCGUGAAAGCUACGAUAAAACACAGCGCCCGGUAGUCAAAAAUUGAACAACACGAGGCACAAUACUUGGUGGUGAAUAAGUGAAGAACUGAAUAUAAAGAAGUGGUAUAGCGACUGUGGGGGAUAAUUCAAGGAAAUGGCGGAAGACUCGCCUCGCCGGAAGACUAGAUCGGCUUCGAUUUGUGCCCCGGGAUUUUCCAGCAUGGAGCAGAUGCUAGAAGCUAUGCCACCCUCGGGAGCACGAGAUAGGGAGAGAGGAGAACGGGAAAGGGACAGUGGCAGUGGAACACCGGAUAGCAAUACACCCACGAGAAGACGAAGGCCAGCUACAAGAUCCCAGAGCGCCCGUGUUUCCGGCGGAAAUAAAAGCAUCCGUCGCCGUGCCGCGGCUCAAGCCGCCGCCCAUCAUCAUCAUCAUCAUCACCAUCACGAGGGAGGCAUGAAGUCGGCCCACUGCAGCAGUGAGCCCAAACUGACUGAGAAUGACGUCAGUCCGGCAAUCAGAAGACGAGGGAGCCGAAGAGGCCAGAGCAUGUACCACGCGCAGAGGAAAAGCAACGCCUUCCUGGACGUACCAGACGUCUCGUCUCAGAUGCCACCGCGGGAGGAUGGCGAAGACGAAGAUAGUUACAGACUCCGUAGCUUCAGUCUCACUAGCAAAGGUGUUGUCAAUAGAGGAGACUCCUUCCGGAGAAGAAGAUCGAGAUCGAAUUCUCUGGCACCUGCCGAGCAAGAGAACGAGGAGCGGCGAGCACCGCCCAAGGAAGUUAUCUCAUACACCGUCGCCAUGCUGGGUGCAAGAGGAGUUGGGAAAACCGCUCUUAUCAGUCAGUUCAUGACGAGCGAAUGCAUAAAUGCCUACGACAGACAGAGAGAUGUGCCGAGUGAACAAUCAGUUUUCGUGAUGCUGAACGGGGAAGAAAGCGAGCUUAGGUUUUUAAACAUUGCUAAUCCAAAGACCGAACUGGAAAAAAUGCCGUUGCCGGACGCCUUCAUUGUAAUGUACUCGGUAAUCGACAAGGCGUCCUUUCAAAGGGCCGAGGAAUAUCUCGCUCGACUUCACGAUCAAGAUCUUCUUCGUGCUAGACCGGCUAUUCUAGUCGGGAACAAAGUCGACUUGGUCCGUUCCAGAGUGGUUUCGCCCCAGGACGGGAGAUGCCUGGCCUGUACGUACCGCGCAAAGUUCAUCGAAGUGUCAGUCGGCAUCAGUCACAAUGUCGAUGAGCUGCUAGUGGGCAUACUCAAUCAGAUCCGCUUGAAAGUGGUCCAGGGUAACCAGGAGAACCGAAGUCACAGCAGUGGCGGUAGCGAAGGUAGCGGUCACUGGUACAAAUCCAGAGGUGUCGUGCGCGCCAGUAUGAAAGCCAGACAGAUGCUGACUUGGCUGUUCGGCAAGGAGGACAGCAAGUUCAAAAACUGCGAGAACCUCCAUGUACUUUAAGUCAGGACGAGAAGAAUUUAAAGCCGGACUGUUCUUGUAUCUUAUUAGUAUAUAUAAAUACCACGUGGCUUGUGAUGAAGGGCUUCUUUCUCGAAGGGAGUUCUGUAAUAACGUCUUCGGCGACUGAAGAGGUUUCUGUGCGAUCGGGGAAGAUAGAAGAGUAAGAAUCGUGAGAAUGUGAUCCAAAUGCAAUGGAAUGGAUGCGUUUCUAAGUUAACAAUACGUAGUUUAAAGUUUAGAGUUAGACACCGAGUCUUCGCAAUUCGUGAAACUCGCGAGAAUAUUUUGUUACCCUGUAGAGAGGACGAGCGGUCCGUGGACCAAACUGGAUACAAUUAGCUGAACGGCUGAACGAAGUGCCAAACUAGUGAAAAUUAAUGCCCGAAUGGCGUUUAAAGAGAGAUCGCUGAACGGAGAGAACGCUGCUCGAUUCCGCGCUCGUUCAAUCAUGACGGAACUAUCCAAUGAAAUGGAAUUAACUCUUGAGAUGAAGAAAUACAAAUUAACUCUCACAUUUCCCAGACUACUCUAUUUCUCCCAGUAACGGUCAAUCAAUUCGUGUGCAAUUUCUUUCGCGCAAGUAGUAAUUUGGGAUCGAAUAAAGUUCCGAUAAAUCCGCUCGCACAUUUUCCCCCGAUAUUCCAUUUAUCACAGGGAAAAAAGUAAUGUGCGAUCGGAUCUUAGACAUUUUUUACUGGUAUUCUACCUGUAGAGGGCGAUCUUCAGCGAAGAGAGCGUAUUUUCUAUGUCGUGUAUGUAGUUUCAUGAGAUUACGGGCGACGUGAACACUGAAGCUGGCGUUAAUGCAAUCAAAAGUUCAAAUCAAUCGAGACGAUAAGAAGAAGAAUCAAACCAGGACCAUGGCGUGAAUGAACGUGAUCGCCAUUAAGUUUACUUGUAUGAUUACUUUACGAUUGUAUAAGUAAGACCAAUUACUUAAUCUUUCUUAUAUUAAAUUUUAGUAUGUAUGUACAUGUAUAUACAAAAUUUGCGUGUAGACGUAUACCCGUGCGAGCAUGUUUUCCGCAGUAUGUACACGUGUAUCCCUAAUCUCUGACGUGUAUUCCCGUUGGCGAGUGUCGAUUCUACCACGUGGCAUUAUGUUGCAAAUAAAAUACCACUGCUAUUCUUAUUCUUGCGUCGUUAAAUUGGCUUGUAUCGCGAGUGCCAUUAAUUUCUCGCGUUCCAACGAACGAACUUCCUAUGGUCCGUUACGGCCAACUUUGUGCAAUAUGCCAUUGUUAAUUGACUUGUGUUAAGUUUUCUACGUAGAAGUCGUAAGAUUACUUUGUCAUUUAACAUGUGUUUACUUAUAGUUAUAGUUUACUUGUAAGAAACAUACAGUAUAAAAUUGCGUACUUAUUGUUGAAUAUUUCUUGUAUUACUGAAUCUACAAAUUGUAUAAAAUCUUUUGCAAAGUAUUAUAUAUUGCGAAGUAAAACAUUACGCGUGUUUAUUUUAUAUAUAUUAAAACUACAGUUAGCUGUGUAUGUAACAAAUAAGUUUUAUUUGUCAAUUUAAAAGCUCUCUCUCUCUCUCUUUCUCUCUCUGUUGCAUUAUUUAUACAUGUUAUUUUACAUCGAUAUUGAGGUAGAAUAAAUAAUGUACAUAAUUCAUUAAUAAAGCAUUUUAUGUACAAUAUUCUGCCGCGGGUAAAAUUCAUCGUGUUGCGUUUCCCUCGUUCACGCGUGCACGUGUGCGGGCACGGAUACAUACGAUAUGCGAGGUAUAUGUCUAAAAAAAAAAUUAAAAUCUAUAGUCUUCUGAAGAGAGAUAUCCUUUUUGAAUCUUUAAAGAGAGUGUCUGUAAAAGCUAUCUAUUUUCUGCGAUCUCUAUGCCUAUAUGUAUCCGAAUUAUAUGAAGAUAGCGUAAAAUCAGAAUAUACUUACACUUACAACGGGAACAAAAAAAAAGAUGCGCCGAUGACGUGUAACUUUGUCCUCCUGAUGUAAACGUUUCAUCGUUCGUCGACUAUCUGUAAGAGAAAUUAAUGGUUUAGAUCAUUACAAUAAACCACAGGCUUUCUUUUUCUCGUUACACAGACAUUUCGGAAAGUGUCCAAUGGAUAUCUGUUGGUUUCUUCCAAUGUUUCUUUCGAUAUGUAAUUUAUUAGUGAAAUGCGCGUUGCGACGAACACGCUGUGAAAAUUUUGAGUUUAAGAGUUUCUCCCGAAAUGUCUUUCAACGAGAAAUCAAAGAUUCUCUUAUCAAGUGCCUUUGUGUAUUUUUGUAAUUUAAGCUAACUCGGUGUAAGCCCCAUGAGUAUCACACUGUGUAACGUACUAUUAUAUACAUUAUAUUAUUGAUA